GUUCGAAUAACAUAAAUGGAUACUUAAAGAUAUGCUGAUAUUUAUUGAGGGGCCAGAAAGCUACCAUUUAACAAUCAAGUUGAUAUAUUAAGACACAUAAAACACUAAAAUGACUGUUCAUUUUGUGAAAAUGAGGAAACACCAAUCUACAGUUCAACAGUCAAAUUGAUAAAAAAAUAAUUUGUUGAACGAUCAAUUUGGUCAACAAGACCUCUCUUUAAAGCAAAAAGUUGAUCCACAAAUCUUAAGUUUAGCAAUCAGUUGAUCUCCCUGUAAACCACUUUAAUGAGUGUCCACUCUGUGAAAUACUAUGACGUCGAGAGGACCCUGAGCAGACUGGCGAUGAAUUAUGAUAGGGAACGCAGUCUACUUCCACCCAGCACAGCGGAGAGUGCUACACGCCUCGACAGAAUGCGUGAAUACUCAUAUGCCCUCUCAGCAAGAACUCAGUAUUCCCGACCAGGUAGGACAAACUUGUCGGCAAUACCCGCCAAUUCUCCGCCAAGCAACACCCCAGUGCCAACCGCUACGCAGACAAAGCAAAAGAGAAAGGUCGCUAAGUCGAUGAGUACCGAUAUCCAGUGUAGUCCAUGUAGCAGGGAUAAUUUGCACCACGACGCAGCCGGGUAUUGCAUUGAGUGCAGCGAAUACUUCUGCGAGAGCUGCAUCAAACAUCACAAAAAUCUCAAAAUCACCAAGAACCACACCAUGCAAGAUCGUCGAAAGAUGCCGAAAGUUCAGAAAUAUGACCCAGAGGAAGAAAUUAUAGAAAUAUGCGAGGAACAUCCAAUGGAGCUGAUACGAUUUUUCUGUAAAGAUCACGAUGAACCGAGCUGUCGGAUUUGUGCCACUCUCAAGCAUCGAGCCUGCAGCACUCUGGUCUUCAUUCCUGAUCUCAAGUCCAAGGAAACCAACAAGAGCUGCGUGAAUACCAUUAAACAAAUGAACGCACUCGCUGCGCAGUUUGAGACUGCCCGUGAAGAAACUGAGCGAACGAUGAAGACGCUUGAGAUUAAGAAACAUGACUAUGAGCAAAGCAUGCUGAAACUUCACCAAGACUUCAUAGACCAUCUGCAUUACCUGGAGCAGCAAGCUAUGUCGAAUAUGGAGACACUGUAUCAGGACCAGCAAGGGUACAUAUCUGCUAGGGUGGGCUCAUGUAGCGAGGCGAUCAAAACCCUUCAGCAGGCCACACAACACCUAGACUCUGCCAAGAAAAACGGCAUCGAAAGCAAAGUCUUCCUUCAGAUGAAAAAGAUUAAAAAGCAAGUAAGACACUUUGAGGAGCUGCUGGCAGAUAUCCAAAAGAAAAACAAAGAAGCUCUGAAUUUCAAGUUCAAAGCAGAUCCUAAAGUUAAGGAGUUCCUGAAGAUGACGGAUGUUCUCGGAACUCUUGAUAUAGUACAGGCACCAGGAAAGACUGUGACGACGCUGAAACAUUUCAAAGUCAACUCCCAAAGUGAUGCCUAUGAUGUGUCUGACGUCACAGGGUCGUGUUUCCUGUCAGACGGACGUCUAAUCCUUGCUGACAUGUAUAACGAGAGUCUGAAAGUCGUGGACACAAGUUUCGCACUGGUGACCCAAACCAAGCUAUCCACAGAGCCUUGGGAUGUGUGCCCCAUUUCCGAUACUCAAGUCAUUGUCACUCUGCCUAAAGAGAAAAAACUCCAGUUUUUCAACAUUGGUUCAACCAUACAACCGCUCAAAAAGAUAGGCAACAUUCCAUCUUUAAAAAGCAGUCAGUACUUUGGUGUAGCAUACUACAAAGAGAGGCUUUAUGUAACAUGCCCAAAAGAAACACCCCCAUGCAUCAAAAUCCUGGAUAUGAAUGGGGCCCCAGUCCAUGAAAUUGCAAACAGCAACCAAGAACAGCCAAUCUUCAGCGAUCCAUUGUUCAUAGCAGUGCAAAAUGAUGGGAAGACUAUCUACGUCUCUGACAGCGGAAACAACACAAUCGUAACGAUAGACACCAGGAACGACGAGGUAAAGCACACACACCAAAUGGCAGAUGGCAACCACCCAGGUGGACUUGUAGUGCUCACAGAGGGGGACGUAUACACCUGUGGCUUCAAGUCAAAUAACGUUCUCCGCUUUAAUGCCAGGGGCCAGUAUCUGGAAGAACUCAUUACAAAUCAAGGGGGGCUACUCUCACCGCAGUCAAUAUGCUAUUGGUCACAGGGGAGACAACUUGUGGUCACCAUGCAGAAAUCAAACAUCGUCAAAGUAUUUCAAGUUUCAUAACUGAACUAUAAAUAUUAUAGCGAAAUAGGAUUUUCACACUCAACUCUUGACACUCAGAAAUGCCAAUGGAAUUUGUAUUGUAUAUCCUUCAAUAGGAUGUUACUGUUGACAACUGCCUAAAUUUGUUUGUUGUUGUUUUCUUUAUUGAACUGUUUAUUAUUACAAUUAUUGUGUGGGUUAUUUUAAAUAAAUGUAUGCUUUUGUUUUA